AUGCAACGGUCGGACAAGGACGGCGAUAACCGGUGGCUCAGUUACGAUAAGGGUAAAGGGGGUGAUUCGAAGGAAAGCGGCCAAGAAACGUAUAUUGCUGCUAGAAAUGCUGCAAAGGGCUUUGAAGAGCUUUCAUCUGCCUAUGAAACUGAAUCGGGUUAUCAAAUGGGCAGGGGAAAGAGAAGAAAGCGAUUGAUGAAUUUGUUUACAUCUGACGAUGAUUCAUCUGACUCUGAAAAUAAAAAGCAGAAUAAAAAGUCAAAAAUACCAGCUGCUCCUCUUCCACCAUCGCCUUCUCUCACUGGUAUAUCUUCUCUGAUGAAGUCUUCAAGUAUUGCUUCAAAGAACAAUAAUGUUGAGGUGACAAUUAUUCCUAACAUGAAACAAAGCAAAACAACUGCUUCUCCGGUAUCAACUACAGUCGCUAUUAAACGGAACAAGUUUGUGCAACAAAUUAUUAAUCAUAGAGAGCAAGCAGCUGAAAAAACAUUACAACGGAAAAAAGCAAUGUCUUUGGAAAAUAUACAUAAGCUGUCUGUCAAAAAUAAAGCAGUCGAUAGCACAUUGUGCUGUAAAGUACCAGUAAAAGUUUUAGAAGCAAGUGAAAAUUGCAAAUCUACACCACAAUCUUCGUCAAAUUUGUCAUUGUUAAACUCGCAAUCUGUUGAACAGUUAUUAUCAGAUAGUAGUGAAAAGUCAAAUAAUAGAAGAGACUUUGAACCUCCUAGUGAAGAUUUAUUACAAACUGCUUCGACAUCAAUAUCGUCUACAGAUAUCGCUAAGUUUAGCAAUUUGUAUGAAUGAUAAAAUUGAACCAAAAAGUAGACAACAUGAGAGCGAAACUUGAUGUGAUAUUUAUUAAUCAAUCUAAAAUUAACAGAAUUGUAAUGCCAGAAGAAAAAGUUCUUUCUAAACCUUCAAACAUGCCUGCACUUCCUUUAGAUACUAUAGAACAAGUCACGAUGUUCGAGAAAUUUCUCUCAAAUGAAGUUAACUUUUCAGACACCUGUUACUACUUAAAGUCUUUCCCUUUGGGAAAUGAUGAAAUUCGAGCGGUACCUAAACUUAUGUCACAUCUUAUUAGUAAUUCUCUUGCCGAAAAGUUUAACUUUGAUGGUCAUGGAGCAAAAUUAGCUUUUAAAUCCACAAAAGUAUGGGAAUUGGUG